AUGUCGAACCCUCACCAACUUCCACCUCCCACGAGCGCAAAGCCAAAACGCCGCUUCUUUGAUCCUUGGAAUUCUUCAUCGACCGGACAUCAAAGAGCAGACAACAACCUUGCGGGAAGCACGAGUUGGCGCGAAUCGCGCAGUUUGAAACUCAGUAAUCAGUUUGCAGGAGGUGCUUCCGGUGGCGCUCGGCUUGCAGAUACUGUUGGUGCCGGUAGUGAGAACUUUGGUAAAGAUGGCAGAUUGGAGAAUGGAGAUUGGGCCAGGGGUGCAUCUGGUCUGAGGGAAAAGGGCCAAAUUAGUGUGGUGGAAGCUUUCAGGAUCAAGAAGACUGGUGUCAAGGACACUGUGGUCGAGAAAGAGAAGGCAAAGUUGGUGGUCGAUGAGCUCUUGCGUGAGGAGUCCAGCCCAAAUGAACAGGAUCAAGAAAAGAAGCACGAUCAAGAGACUGGAGAUAUAAAAACACCAAAGGUUCCUCAAGUCUUCGCCGGUACUUGCAUUUACAUCAACGGCAGCACCUUCCCAACCAUCUCCGACCACAGAUUAAAACACCUUCUCGUAACCCACGGUGCACGCCUCAGCAUCCAUCUCGGCCGUCGUUCAGUCACUCACGUAAUCCUCGGUCGUCCCAAUGCCUCUACUAUUCCUGGGGCUGGAGGUGGUCUGUCAGCUUCAAAGAUGCAGAAAGAGAUAGCCAAGAUCGGAGGCAAGAACGUCAAGUUUGUCACUGCUGAGUGGGUUAUGGAGAGUGUGGCCAAUGGCAAGAGGGCGCCCGAACAGAGGUUUGAGGCUGUAAGGCUAGCUCUGAAGGGUACGGGAAGAGUACAAGAGAUGUUCGCAAAGGCUGCAAAGAAGGGAUGA